GAGUGAAUUUCCACCUAACGUCGCAGACGGUCAGACUUAACACAUUGCAAUACUUGAAUAAAAAAUGCCCUGCUCUGUAGAAGACAUCUUGAGAAACUACGAGUAUGAUCCCUCAAUAAUACAACGCAUCGCCACACGAAAGGUCAAACUUGCCCUGGCUAUCGAGCCCCCGAACCCCGAGUGGCCGGCGCAGUUCGAGAAAAUAAAAUCUCUCAUCGAUGGCGCUCUCGGUCCGGUCGCUUUGUCCGUAAAUCAUGUCGGUUCAACCUCCGUGCCCAGGCUCCCAGCCAAGGCCGUCAUCGACAUCGACUUGGUUGUAGCGGACCCCACGGAUGAAGACGCAUACGCGCCUGCUUUGGAGCGGGUAGGGUUUCAAUUCCUCGUGCGCGAGCCAGAGUGGCAUGAGCACCGCUUUUUCGCCAUGUAUCAGCCGUACCAUUGCAACUUGCAUGUGUUCAAGGAAGGCACGGCGGAGUUAGUGAGGCAUAUUAUCAUGAAGGAGUGGCUCAUUGCGAAUGAUGAUGAUAGGGAGCUGUAUGCAAGGACCAAGAUGGAAGCGGCGGAGGUAAGCAACUCGCUCAGAGAGGAGGUGAUGGACUACAAUCUUCGGAAAGAAAAUGUUAUCCGGGAGAUUCUCCAGCGUGCUUUCAAGGCGAAGGGAUACCUGAAUCAUGAAUGAAAUGGCGUACGAGUGACCCAUUUCAAGUGUUGAUAGAACGACUAUAUAAGUGUGAGCCUAACUAGACGCUCCACUACUUCAUGAGAUAGCAUUCAAUAUAAGUUUGGAGGUCAUGCAAUCAUCUAUACAAGAGGGA